UGGACUGUAUUGUAGUGUAUGUAGAAUUGAACAAAAGUGGCUCGUUAUAAGCCCCGAUAUAAAGUUGCAACACGUGAAUAAGGUCGAAAGAGGGUACCGUGCCGAAUAGGGUCGCAUGUCGGUGGCGUAUCGCUUCUAGGAUUUACUUUUCGGAGCAAAGGAAAAAAGAAACUUUAUCUCAUAAUAAAUCUGGAUAAAUCAACCGCCAUUCGCCAUGGACAACGAAGGUAGACGCGUGAUCGUUUGUGAUAAUGGAACAGGGUUUGUAAAAGCUGGAAAUGCUGGCUCGAACUUCCCAUCAUUUAUAUUCCCAUCUCUUGUUGGUCGUCCUAUCAUUCGAUCUGAUGUCAAAGACAACAAUGUUGAAACUAAGGAUAUCAUGGCUGGAGAUGAGGCAAGUGAGCUAAGAUCCAUGUUACAUGUGAAAUAUCCAAUGGAAAAUGGUAUUGUACGUGACUGGGAUGAUAUGCAACUGUUGUGUGAUUAUACAUUUGGGCCAAAGAAACUCGACAUUGAUACUAAAAAUUCCAAAGUACUUCUCACAGAACCACCAAUGAAUCCAUUGAAAAAUAGAGAAAAAAUGUUAGAGGUUAUGUUUGAAACGUACAAGUUCCAGGGAGUCUAUAUUGCUAUGCAAGCUGUGCUUACUCUAUAUGCUCAAGGUUUGACCACUGGAGUUGUUGUAGAUUCAGGGGACGGAGUUACACAUAUAUGUCCCGUGUAUGAGGGCUCUGUGCUUACUCAUCUCGUGCGACGUCUCGACAUUGCAGGCAGAGAUAUCACUAAAUACCUUAUUAAGCUGCUCUUGUUGAGGGGCUACGCAUUUAACCAUUCCGUCGACUUUGAAACAAUACGAAUGAUGAAAGAAAAAUUGUGCUAUGUAGCAUAUGAUAUUGAACAGGAGCAAAAACUUGCCUUAGAAACAACAGUGCUAGUAGAAUCUUAAACCUUACCAGAUGGCAGAGUGAUCAAGGUGGGUGGGGAGCGAUUUGAGGCUCCAGAGGCCUUAUUUCAACCCCAUCUUAUCGGUGUAGAAAGUGACGGGGUAGCUGAGAUAUUAUUCAAAACCAUUCAGACUGCUGAUCUGGACACUCGACCAGAACUGUACAAGCAUAUAGUGUUGUCAGGAGGUUCAACUAUGUAUCCCGGUCUGCCGUGUCGGCUUAAGAGAGAACUAAAACAAUUGUAUCUAGAGAGGAUCAUUAAAGGCAAUAAAGAAACAUUGAGUAAAUUUAAAGUUCGUAUAGAAGAUCCACCCAGAAAAAAGUACAUGGUGUUCUUAGGAGGAGCUGUCCUUGCCGACAUCAUGAAAGACGAGGCUGAGUUUUGGAUUUCAAAAGAAGAAUAUAAAGAAAAAGGCACCAAAGCACUUGAAAAACUUUCGACACCAGUUAAGAAAACAGUCGGAUGAUGUGUGAUAGUUGUUAAUAUUUUAAUAUUGAACACUUAAGUAUUGAAUGCUAACUGGAGUGUUCUAAUGAACACAUUUUCAGUCUUGUACAUUUCUGAAGUAGAUUUGUAGAAAAUCAUAUGGAUGUAGAAUAUAUCUUGUUUUUGA